AUGCGACGCACCAUGCACAUCGGCGACGACUUUGCGGCGUGGUUCAAUGCCCUCGUGUUGGCCGAAGGCCUCGUCGCCGCAGUGAUAUCGGGACACCUGCUGAGCCUGGCCGGACGCAGGGGAACGAUGUUGAUGUCGUCCGCUUGCUUCGCUGCCGGCUGGCUGUUUAUCGCCUUCGCGAAUUCUACAGCGCUGCUGUUCAUAGGCCGCUUUUUGACGGGUGGUGGAAUGUCCGUCGCCUCGGCUGCGUCCACGGUGUUCGUAGCCGAAGUGACGCCCGCCAACCUGCGAGGGGCGCUCAACACCGGCUGCAACUUUGUCGAAGCGGUGCGUAUCCUGAUCGGCUACACCCUGGGCAAGUGGCUCAACUACAAGUGGCUUGCCGCCGCCUGCCUCUUCCCAGCAGUCAUCAACGGGACGACGGAAGGAAGCCAUGGAAGUCUUGCGGUUCUACCGGGGACCAGCGUCGAAGACGAAUUCGCCGCUCUGGAAACCUGCACGGUCGACGUCACCACGAAGCUGACCUUCGGAGACUUGAAGGAGUCGUACGUCUACAAGUCGUUCCUGUGCUCCCUCCUGACUCUGCUUAUGCAACAGGGGCCGGCGAUCAGCAUUCUCAUCUUCUUCGCCCAAGACAUAUUGCAGGAGGCCGCCGUGUCAAUUGCUGCCGACUACUGUACCAUCCUGGUGGGUGGCAUCCUGUCGGUGACCUUCCUGGUGGCCACGGCGCUCGCCGACAAGGCAGGCCGCAAGUGGCUCUUCAUCGUGUCCACCGCCUCUUCAGCGGUCAGCCUGGCAGUGCUGGGUGUGUGCUUCUACAUGAAGCAAACGAAAAACCAACACUUCCUCGACAACUAUGCCUGGCUUCCACUGGCCUCCAUGUCGGUGUACUUCGCCGGAUACUCGCUAGGGCUCGGUCCCUUGCCAUUCGUGUACGUCGGCGAACUCCUGCCUCUGAAAACGAAGGGUGUCGCGACUGCUGUGUGCAUCGUUGUCUACUACUCCUUCGGCUUUCUAGUCACCAAGACAUACACCGACCUGUCCCGCUUGAUGGGUACUGCCGCUACGUAUUGGCUGUACGCCAGCUUCCUGCCAGAUGUCUUCAAGCGCUGA